AUGGGUACUCGCAACCUCAUCUGCAUCUGGUACAAAGGCCGCUUCAUGGUCGCCCAGUAUUGCCAAUGGGACGGCUACCUCGAAGGCCAAGGUGCAACAAUCCUCCAAUUCCUUCUCGUCCCUGGCAACAUCGAACGCCUGAAGAAAGGGGUGGGACACAUUACUCCAGUUAACGAUGAGACCGUCCAAGAGAUACUUAGCAAACACCGUUUCUCCACCUUCAAAAACAAUAAAAAGGUCUGCGAAUGUGGUGCAGCCGUGCCUUUCUCUGUUCAAGAAACGUGUUUCCCGCCAACCUUGAAUCGCGACACAGGUGCUAAAAUCUUUGAUAUCAUUGCCGCGGCUAGACUUGACGAUUACAUUCCUAUUCGCUUGCAGCUGGACUUUGCGACGGAUGGCCUGUUCUGUGAAUAUUGUUACUGUGUCGAUCUUGAUGCGGAGGUCUUUGAGGUCUUUGGUGGUGCCACUCGCAUCCCCAACACCAAGGACGAUGAAAAAGUUGAACCGAUUGGUAAAAAUCGAUUUGUGGAGGUUUGCAAGGCUGAAAAGGAAAAGGACGUGCCGCUGUUGGGCAAGUCGAUGCCGUUGUUGCUCAAGUCCUGGCCGCUGGCUCAGUUGCCUAAGGAUCUCGAUGAUAUGUUGAGUCAGGUUGCGGCUGACAAUGUUGGGGAGUCUGAAUAUGAGGACGGAGGAAAUAAUAGAGAAGAUGAUCUGGACAAGAAUGAGAAGGGUACUUUGAAUGACGAGGAUGACAAGAAGGCCGGAGAUAAGGACAAGACCGUGACUGAUGGCGAUGACAAGCAGCCCGACGACGCGAACAAGAACGCCGUGGUUCCUGAUGAGGUCAAGGAAAAGGCUGAAUACGAAAAGAACAUCGAAAGAAUCGCCGAAGAUUUGCUCAUAGAAUCAGCCCAACAGGAAAUCAGAAUGGAAAAGGAGAGGGCCGCCAUGCAGGCGACUGCAAAUGCUGGAAACAAGGAACGUACCUUCACUCCCAGCAUUAGAGAGACUAAGUGA